CAUUCGAGAAGUGAUCAUCGUCGUGCACGCACGUGGUUUGAACAAAAUCCCGCGCUAUUUUUAAAGUAUCUCGCUUGCCAAUUGCAAAGAUUGCGUUGUUCAGUGUUCAGUGAAGAAAAUGAGCGGCAAUUUCCUCACGAUCCCUGGUGAUGACCCUAUCCAGAGACGAUCACGGAGUUCGUCUCUAACAGACUUGAUAUCAGCAUUCGACACAAAAGCACAGACACACAGCGAGCUACAGAAAGUAACGGCAUUCAGUGGACACUUCGACAAAAACCACAAACCCACAUUCUCAAAAGAUGAAUACGGCAAACCUAUACCUGGGUCGAAGACGGAGUACCGAGGGGCAGAGGCUCAAGCCAGAGUAUGCACAGAAAUGAAGGAACUGUGUGAAAUUAUCAACGAGUAUGGAAAGUCACCGUGUAAGAGCCUCCUUCCACCUGAACUCAAAGACGCGACGAAGGUCAUAUCAUUUGGUGAAUUGUUCACGAUCUACACGGUAAUAUCAGACAAACUCGUCGGGAUUUUACUGAGGACACGAAAACAUCAGCUCACGUUUUUUGAGGGAGAAGUUUUGUUUCAG